GAAAGUGGUUGCCUGGCAUUAGCAGUAGGUCGAGUAGCGUUCUCCUUUCGACAUAGUGCUGUGCGGUGGCGGUUCAGUUUGUUGUAAGAACAGAACAGCAUCAGAUUUCUUGCACCACUACUUUGGGCGCUAGGGCUGAAUGCAAAACCAGAAGGAGGGAAGAACAGGGUGGCACAUCUAGACCCACCUCUUUGUCAGAACACCUGUCAAAAGCAGUGAUUCAAAGUGCCAGGCGCCAGUGAGAGACAACAGUCCUGGACGGGUCGCAGGGCAGUCUACUUAUGUCAGGCCGAAACGGGUCUGCCAACGAUGCAGACUGCCGAAUCUCAGAGGAAUGCCAUGUCCCAGCCGAUGUGGAGCUGAUGGAACUAGGACCCCUUUUGGAGGAGCCAGGGCCCUUGGCGGCUAACACACUCUUAUCAGAGCAGGGGUCAAGUGGUCUCGCAGUUGAGGACAAUGAUGACGAUGAGGUGGGUGAGGUUCUUACUCUUCCCCUGCAGGCUCAUCAUGCUAUGGAAAAGAUGGAAGAGUUUGUUCACAAGGUUUGGGAGGGCCGCUGGAGGGUUAUUCCUUUUCACGUUUUACCAGAGUGGCUUAAGGACAAUGACUACCUCCUGCAUGGACAUCGGCCGCCCAUGCCGUCCUUCCGUGCCUGCUUUGGGAGCAUUUUCAGGAUCCACACAGAGACUGGGAAUAUUUGGACCCAUUUGCUUGGGUUGAUCUUGUUCCUGUGUCUGGGGACUCUCACCAUGCUGAGACCAAACAUGUACUUCAUGGCCCCCCUGCAGGAGAAAGUGGUGUUUGGAAUGUUCUUCUUGGGAGCAGUGCUUUGCCUCAGCUUCUCUUGGCUUUUUCACACGGUCUACUGCCACUCUGAGAAAGUCUCCCGCACCUUCUCCAAGCUAGACUACUCUGGUAUUGCUCUGCUGAUCAUGGGCUCAUUUGUACCCUGGCUCUACUACUCAUUCUACUGCUCUCCCCAGCCCCGCCUCAUCUACCUCACAAUUGUCUGUGUGCUGGGCAUUGCUGCCAUCAUUGUGGCCCAGUGGGAUCGCUUUUCCACACCUCGACACAGACCCACACGAGCAGGAGUAUUCAUGGGCCUAGGACUGAGUGGUAUAGUCCCCACAAUGCACUUCACAAUUGAGGAAGGCUUUGUCAAAGCCACUACAGUGGGACAGAUGGGCUGGUUCUACUUAAUGGGCGCCAUGUACAUCACAGGCGCUGGGCUGUAUGCUGCUAGAAUUCCUGAGCGCUACUUCCCCGGCAAGUGUGAUAUUUGGUUUCAUUCCCACCAGAUAUUCCAUGUGCUUGUGGUGGCAGCAGCUUUUAUCCAUUUCUAUGGGGUGUCUAACUUGCAGGAGUUCCGCUAUGGGCUUGAGGGAGGCUGCACUGAUGAUACCCUCCUCUGAGACUUCUGAUCCCACCAGCGUUCCCCCUGAAGAGCUGGAAAACAAGAACACCAGUAGCCCCUUUCUCAUCCUUUGGUUUCAUGUUAAAAUUCGAUCACUCACACACAUACAUUUUUUAUAUAUAUAUAUAUAAUAAUUUU